AGAACUGUAUAUACACUCUAAAUGGUGUCUACGUCAACGCUUUCUCUGUGUUCUCAUCCGAAGAUUAAUUUCGGAUUUCAGAACAAACAGAGAAACGAACUAUGGACAAUGAGCUCCACGAGAAGGAGUUCGUUGUACUGCAGUUCGCUGGUAAAAAUCUCCCCUUCUACUCCGGUUAGGAUCAUUUUGCGGGCCUCGCAUUUGAAAAAGUUCAAUAUUAAAGCGGCGGCGUCGGGUUCUGGCGGCCGCAGUUCGAAUCGUGGCUCUAGUUCUCGCAGAGUUUACAAGCAGGCUCAAGCUCCAGCUCCCGUUGCUCCAGUCAAAGAUAUUGUUUCCUUUGUUCUCCCUGCGGGCGCAUUUGUUGUUGUGACUUUCGUUUUAUGGAAAUUGGUGGAGAAAAUCCUUCUACCAAAACCUACCAAGUCUGCAGCUGAAGAGAAUAAACCUGCGCAUGGAGUGAAAUGGUCCUUUGCCCCUGGGACAAAUUUGCUAUCAUCCUUUGGGGCAAAGAUUGAAAGGGAAUCCAAACUGAGGCUGAAUGAUUUUGCUAAAGAGCUUAGGUCAUUCCAAAGUGUUGACGUGUCAGGUCAAAAAUUUGGAGACGAAGGGCUAUUCUUCCUAGCUGAGAGCUUAGCAUAUAAUCAGACUGCUGAAGAAGUGAAUUUCGCUGGCAAUGAGAUUACCGCCGAAGGAAUAAAGGCUUUUGAUGGAGUUUUGCAAUCAAACGUUGCACUAAAAUCUCUUAACUUAUCGGGAAAUUCCAUAGGGGAUGAAGGAGUGAAGUGUUUAUGUGACAUUCUGGUGGAUAAUUCUGGUAUUCAGAAGCUACAAAUUAGUAGUAGUGCAUUUGGGGAUGAGGGAGCAAAAGCUAUUGCUGAGAUGUUGAAGAAAAAUUCAACCUUGCGUGUCAUUGAACUUAAUAAUAAUUUUAUUGACUACUCUGGAUUUUCUAGCCUUGCUGGAGCAAUUCUUGAGAAUAAAAGUCUACUGUCGAUAUACCUCAAUGGCAAUUAUGGUGGUCCCCUUGGUGCAGCUGCAUUGGCAAAAGGGCUGGAGGGAAACAAAUCCGUGAGGGAAUUGUAUUUGCAAGGGAACUCUAUUGGAGAUGAAGGAGUCCGUGCUCUGAUAUCUGGCUUAUCUUCUCGUAAAGGGAAGCUUACGGCUUUGGAUCUUGCAAACAACUCAAUUAGUGCUAGAGGAGCCUUUCAUGUUGCUGAGUACAUCAAAAAAAGCAAGAGCUUGUUGUGGAUUAAUCUUUACAUGAAUGAUAUUGGAGAUGAGGGAGCUGAGAAAAUAGCAGAGGCUUUGAAGCAGAAUCGCUCAGUUACUAAUGUUGAUCUAGGGGGAAAUGACAUCCAUGCCAAAGGGAUCAGUGAAAUAGCACGAGUUCUGAAAGAUAAUUCCAUCAUUACUACUUUGGAACUUAGUUAUAAUCCUAUUGGACCUGAAGGAGCAAAGGCUUUAGCAGAAGUUCUUAAAUUUCAUGGGAACAUAAAAGAUCUCAUGCUUGGUUGGUGUCAGAUAGGAGCCACUGGAGCUGAAUAUAUUGCAGAUAUGCUGAAAUACAAUAGCACCAUAUCAAGCCUAGAUCUGCGAGCCAAUGGACUAAGGGAUGAGGGUGCCAUCUCCCUUGCUCGCAGCUUGAAGGUGGUCAAUGAAGCUUUGACAUCGCUUAAUCUUGGGUUCAAUGAAAUAAGAGAUGAAGGAGCUUUCGCUAUUGCUCAAGCACUCAAGGCUAAUGAAGAUGUCCGGCUCACAUCAUUAAAUCUUAUGAACAACUUCCUCACCAAACUGGGACAGAGUGCUGUCACAGAUGCCAGCGACCAUGUAUACGAGAUGAAUGAAAAGGAGCUUAAUAUUGUCUUCUAGAAGAGAUCACAUCGCUAGAGUGAAUAUAAUCUUUUUUCUUUUUCGUUUCCCCCAUUUUGGAGUUAAGAUAUAGCAGCAAUUUCCCAUUUUGUGGUCUUCCUUCCUAGCUGAGUUAAGAAAGAAACCACACCCUUUCCAGAUAUCCAAAUGAGAUUAUUUCGCUUGAGGGAACCCAGGAAUUUUUGGCGGCCAGAGAUCAUUUUAACUUUGUUGAUUAAUGUAGUACCGAUACUUUUGUCUAAUUUUUCUGGUCCGUAAACGUGUAGAAGAUUAAUGAUUAGGUAAAGACAGUAGUUUCACUAGGUUUCAGACUCUGUUCUGGACAAUGAAGUGCAUGAAACUCUGUUGCUAUACAUAUCAAUAUACUAUAACAGCUUACAAGCAACUGUCCAUACCACUUGCUAAACUAUGCUGUACCUUGAUUCUUGUUGAGAAUUAUCAGAACAUUGUGUGCUAAUUUAUGAGA